AUGUCAAUGAGGAUCGAAAAUAUUAUUGUUUGUUUACUGUUGUUUUGUGUUCAUGUGGCAGUAGUUUUUGUUGAAAGCUCAGAAUCAAAUUGGCUAAACCAUGGUGGAGAUUUAUUCAACAGAAGAUAUGCAAACAAUGAGUAUGAUAUCAGUGUCACAACAGCACCAAACCUAAGCUUAAAAUGGAGAUUCUUUGCAGGCCAAGAUAUUACAGCAACACCAACAAUAUAUGAUGGUGUUGUUUAUUUUCCAAGCUGGAAUGGUAACAUUUAUGCAGUAAAACAAAAUAAUGGAUCGCUUGUUUGGAAGAAAAGUUUGAAGGAUUUGACAGGUUUGAAUGCAACUGUGUUUAUUUUUAAUGCAAAUGGGACAGUGUCUAGGACAACUCCAACUGUGGCUGAAGAUUUGUUGAUUAUGGGAAUUUAUGGACCAGCAGUUAUUGUUGGUCUUAAUAGAACAACUGGUGAACUUGUUUGGUUGACACAUUUGGAUAAUCAUCCUAGAGCUUUUGUUACCAUGUCUGGAACAUAUUACAAUGGGAGUUACUAUGUUGGAACAUCUUCAUUAGAAGAACAAGUAGCAAUUGAACAAUGUUGUACAUUUCGUGGAAGCUUUGUAAAACUGGACGCUAGAACUGGUGUGAUCCAAUGGCAAACCUAUAUGUUGCCGGAAAACAAUGGUCAAAUAGGAGGAUAUGCAGGAGCUGCCAUUUGGGGAAGUAGUCCUUCCAUUGAUGUUCACAGAAAACAUGUCUAUAUUGCGACUGGAAAUCUCUAUUCCGCCCCCGAAUACAUUCUUGAAUGUCAAGCAACAGAAAAUAAUGAAACUAGUCCUAUUGAACAAGACAUCUGUAUUGAACCAGAAAACCACUCGAAUUCAAUGUUGGCCCUUGAUUUGGAAAAUGGUAGUUUGAAAUGGUACAAACAAUUAGGAGGUUUGGAUGUAUGGUUUAUUGCUUGUAACAAUGCUUCAACUCCUAAUUGUCCACCUCAAGGUCCAUUUCCAGAUUCUGAUUUUGGAGAGGCACCAAUGAUGUUAACAACACAUGUAAAUCAAACUCAGAAAGAUAUUGUUGUGGCUGUUCAGAAAAGUGGAUUUGCAUGGGCAUUAGAUCGGAACAAUGGAACUCUUCUAUGGUCUACGCAAGCAGGUCCUAGUGGAAUAGGAGGAGGAGGAAUAUGGGGUGCAUCAAGUGAUGAAAAAAGAAUUUAUACCAACAGUGCAAAUUCAAAUAAGGUUAAUUUUCAACUUUUACCAUCAAAUAUGAAUACAACAACUGGAGGAUGGGUGGCAAUGAAUGCUACAAAUGGAGAAAUUCUUUGGUCCACUGCUAACCCUAGAAAUAGUACUGUUAGUGGCCCUGUUAGUGUGGCAAAUGAAGUUGUUUUUGGUGGAUCCACAGAUUUAUCUGGCCACAUUUAUGCAAUGAAUGCAAGAAAUGGAAGCAUUUUAUGGUCAUAUGCAACUGGAGGCAGUGUGUAUGGAGGCAUAUCAAUUGGAAAUGGAUGCAUUUAUGUUGGUCAUGGAUAUAAUGUCUCUCUAGGAGUUUUCUCUAACUAUACUGGUGGAACCUAUCUUUUUGCCUUUUGUGUCUAA